AUCAUCAGCAACCAGCGGCUUGUUUUCAGGCCCAGCUGCAGCGUCCCUCACCAUGACUAAAGAGGAGAACCUGGAGGUGCAGGAGAAGGAGAGGCACGACCGGGAGGAGCAGGAGGAGGGUAAGGUCCAGAAGGAGGAGGAGGAGGUGCUGACCGAGGAGGAGGAGGAGGAUGAAGAGGAGGAGGAGUAUGAGCUAGAAGAGGAGAGGGAGGGGGAGGAGCGAGUGGAGGACGAGGAGGAGGACGAGCAAGAGGAGGAGCGGGAGGAGAGAGAGGAGCGGGAGGAGGAGGAGGAGCCUCCAGCCAGCAGGGAGCUGGACGCUGAGCCGGAGCCGGAGCCGCUGUCCGUGUCCGAGUACCAGAGUCCGGUCCACGAGCUGCGCCGCCGCGCCAUGGUGCACCCCUCCGCCCAGGCACCGCUGCCCAAGGACUACACCUUCACCUUCUUCGACCCCAACGACCCGGCCUGUCUGGAGAUCCUCAUGGACCCUCGGACCACCAUCCCCGAGUUGUUUGCCAUCGUGCGUCAGUGGGUCCCGCAGGUGCAGCACAAGAUCGACAUCAUCGGCAACGAGAUCUUGAAGCGAGGCUGUCACGUGAACGACCGCGAUGGUUUGACUGACAUGACGCUGCUCCACUACAGCUGUAAGGCCGGAGCUCACGGAGUCGGUGACCCAGCGGCAGCACUGCGUCUCAGCAGUCAGCUGAUUGCUCUGGGAGCUGACGUGAGUCUGAGGAGCCGCUGGACCAACAUGAACGCUCUGCACUACGCCGCCUACUUCGACGUCCCAGAACUGAUCCGAGUCCUGCUGAAAGCCUCCAAACCCAGAGUGUUGAACUCCACUUGCAGUGAUUUCCACUACGGCACGGCGCUCCACAUCGCUGCCUCCAACCUCUGCCUGGGAGCAGUCAAAUGUCUGCUGGAGCAUGGAGCCAACCCAAUCGUCCGGAAUGAGAAGGGUCAGGUUCCAGGCGAGGUUGUCCCCGAUCCGAUGGACAUGAGUCUGGAUAAGGCAGAGGCAGCGAUGGUGGCCAAAGAGCUGAAGCAGCUGCUGCUGGACGCCGUGCCGCUGAGCUGUAACCUCCCCAGAGCCACGCUGCCCAACUACGACAACAUCCCCGGCAACCUGAUGCUCACCUCGCUGGGGCUGAAGCUGGGCGAGCGCGUGGUGCUGGACGACCUGAAGCUCCACAGAGACCCGAGCAGGGACGACAGCCUGGCUGCAAACCUCACUCAGACCGGCACUCUGAGGUUCUGCGGUACGACGGAGUUCGCCAGCGGUCAGUGGGUCGGCGUGGAGCUGGACGAGCCCGAGGGAAAGAACGACGGCAGCGUGGGCGGAGUCCGCUACUUCAUUUGCCCCCCGAAACUAGGGAUUUUUGCUCCGGUGUCGAAGAUCUCCAAAGCUGUGGAUCAGACACCCUCAUCCGUCACCUCCACCCCCAGAACCCCCCGCAUGGACCUGGCCUCCCGCCUCGCCGGCAAGACCAAGAAGGAGAAAGAGAAGAAGGAGAAGGAGAGAGAGAAAGCCCAGAAGAAGAAGUCUUCAGUGGUCAGUCUGGACCCGGAGGGGCUGAACGUGGAGGUUGGAGAUCAGGUCCUGGUGGCCGGACAGAAACACGGCAUUGUCCGCUUCUACGGCAAGACGGACUUCGCUCCAGGGUACUGGUUUGGCAUCGAGUUGGAUCAGGCGACAGGAAAACAUGACGGCUCCGUGUUUGGAGUCCGUUACUUCAGCUGUCUGCCCAAAUAUGGAGUGUUCGCUCCGCCCUCCCGCGUCCAGAGAAUCGGAGGUCCUAAAGAAGGCUCACAGAACGACAACUCCAUGGUGAAGAAAGUGCACCAAGUCACUAUGUCACAGCCGAAGCGUAACUUCAACACGAUGCGUUCUCCUAAAGACCUGACAUCCGAGAGCUCCAUAUCAAGGUUGCUGUUCUGCUGUUGGUUCCCGUGGAUGCUGCGUGCUGAGAUGCAGUCCUAACCACGCCCUCCCUCCCUCCUCCUCUUCUCCUCCUCCACCAGAUCGAUCUCUCCGCUCUUCUCUCUCUUCAUCUUUUACUUUUUGCUCUCUUACUCUUCAGACAUUCACUGUCAGACUUCUCGUAGUGAAACCUCGUCUUCUCUCUUUGACUCUCAGCCAGAAUCCUUCUAAUUUAGCCGUUCUAUAGCAAAAACUAUAGUGCCUUGUAUCUGAUCAAAAUGUCCUGCAUUCCUUUAAUGAAACUGAGGACUCAGCUCUGCUAAAGCAAUCCCCCCAAAAUAUUCUCUCUCCCCCUUUACACGUCUUAUCAUUUACUUUAGCAGGUUCUCAUCACAUUGUGUGUCUUUAUUUAACGUCUCAUCCGUCUGUGCUGCUGCUGCAUGUUUUCUUUUUGCUGCUGCUCGCUUUGGGUCUCACCAGAUUUACAGGUUGGCACCAGCGAGCUUAAAGUUAGGAAUUACUUACUGAUGUUCUCUGCAGAAAAACCUGAACAUCAAUGACAUUUGCCAAACUAAUGCUUUGAGUCCUGAGGGUUUCAUUCUUCCUCUUGGUGUCACCCUCAUGUCAAACACAACAGUGUGUCAACUUAGUUCUGCACAACUCAAAGCGUUUGCGUACUUCAGGUAUCACGUUGUAUGUUUGUAGUUUGAUCGAGGUCUGACUGCUGCUUCCUCAUGAUUCACCUGAGACCAAGAACCCUACAAACCUUUAGAACUCUGUGUGUGAAAAACUGCAUGCUUCAAAUGCACAAUAUACCAGAUUUUCUGCCGCUCGGUAUCUCUCCGUCAGAUCAAAAAUAUUUUAUUUGCUUGGUGACUGUUAGAUUCUCCCGGUUAGGAUUCCUUCAGUGUUCUUGCUGAUUAAAACCACUGAAUUAAGUUGUUUCUUUUAUUAUUUAUUGUGUUUCUUGAUGGACACAGGACAUCCCAGAGGGGCUGCGAGCUGAGCUAAUGUUAACAUCUGCUCAGCUUGUUUCUCUGAUAACUAAAAAUCCAAGCAUACGAUGAAUAACAUUCUUCAUCUGAGUUAAAAACUGGCUUGAAACAGGAUGAGAGGUCAUGUUAGGACAGCCUCCAGCAGACUAACACCAUGCUGACAUGUGCACAAAGGGGAUUAAUCUGAAACCAUUAAUAGUGACGGAUGAAACAAUGAAAUGAUUUCUCUGGUUUGAAGAUUGUUGGAAACAUUUGGGACAAUGUGAUAACACAACUCAACAAAAUCUGUAACAUAUUUCUCGUCGUUUUUAAAUACCUUUAAUCACAGAUGUCAAACUAAAAACAGGGUUGAUCAACUACUGACUUCAUUGUAUUUUAUCAUCGUGUUCCAGUCAGUUUUAUUUUUUUAUAACAGACAUAAAGUAACUGUUGAAAUCAAACUGGUUCUUGGUCUCUGAAAAUGUGUUUAUUUCACAACAAAUAUAAAAAAACAGAAAACUUUUUGCUUCAUCACUUAGUAAAUUAAGAUUCAGUGCGUUUAGUGGUUUCUAGAAGCAGGACUGUAGUUAUUAGACAUUAUAGUGACUGAACGUCUUCGAUCAUUAUUAAUCAGUGUUGCCAAAUAGAAACAUUAGUCCAUCUAGUUAGAGUUAAAAUAAACUUUAUUAUAGAAAACUUAAUCUGUCGUUAACCAAAAGUGCUAACAGACCCAAAACGAUGACUCAUUUUUUAAACCCCUCUACGUUUGAUAUUAAUGUUUCUGUGUUGCUGCCAUGCUUGUGUCUGAAAAUAAGCUUCAUUCAGAGUUAAUGUUUAUAUACACAUUCAUCUUGUCCAUCUUGAGGUUUUUAAUUUCCCUAAAACAGAAAUUCAAACCAUGGAUAAACUCUGUAGAAGUUCUCCUCUCUGCUUCUCUUCUCUCCCUCCUCUCUCAUCCCUCUCUCUCUCCGUUUAGAUAAGACUUUGCUUCCUUUUGUGAAUGUGAGCAUCUGCGAAAACAAAAAGUUAAUCUAAACCUACGUGUGGUUGCUUAAUGUUAAAAUCUCUCUCUCGAAGUAUGUGCGUAACUGAAAACAGCAAUAUGUAAACAGUGUACCUAUCUCUGUGUGGAACUGGUUCCUGUGUUAAUGUCUCUUUACACUCUGUCAGCACACUGAUACAGAGAGAUGCUGAACACGCUCGCACUCUGAUGGCCGAGGCUGCCGGACCACACGCUCAAACUGAUAAUAUUACUAAUAUCCAAUAUCCAAAUCUUGCCAUCUAAUGGAUAAAUGUUUUAUAGGUCAAAUUCUCAGUUCAUAACCAUGAAUCAGUAUUCAUAUUUAUUCAAACAGAUGAUGUUUGUUUUGCAUCUCCUGGAAGACUGAUUUAAAUGAUGGAUUUUUGUAAUUUUUGGAUGUAAAACAAACAAAUCUUAGAUGUCUGAACUCUAACUCUGUGCAUCAGUUGAAACCUGCUGAUUUUCAGUUGGCUUGAUGAUUUAAUAACUUUAUGAUCAUCAGGCUAUAUUUGGUCGACACAUUUCCUCCCAACAAUAAAAGAAUAUAACUAACUUACAAGAUUGGCUCUUGAAUUUGAAAUCCACCUCGUCUGAAGUCAGUAAAUCUUUUCUUCAGCAGAGACAUUAAAGAGCCUUCCUUGUUAACUCUGUUGUCUGUUAGCUGCGUGUUCCCGUCAGCCUCGGCUAAAGGAAACACUCUGUGGUUGCUCCUGCACACUGCUGUUGAUAGUCGUUCUUUUUGUGCCCGUGGAAUCCGCUUCAACAUUAUACUGAUGACAACUACAGCGCUAACACUCAUCAGCUGCUCGCUUCAGCUGAACUCAACAUCAGGCUGUGAAACAAAACUCUUCAUUACCACCUAUAAACUCAAAGCUUCUCUCUGAGCGUCGCUGCUAAACGAGACGACAAAAGAUCAAAUGGUGCGAGUCACACUUCACCCAACUCUUGAGCUCAGUCACAAGUCGUAGGUUGAGUUAUGUGGCGUACUGAGAGGUGAGCAGAUCGCUGAUCAGUUCAGCAUGGCAACAUGAUGUCUGUAGGCUUGACAGGCUGCAGGUCAGCUGCUUCAGUUAGCUUGUUGAGGUGCACAGGGCUCGCAGCUGAAUGAAAAGAACAGAACUGGAAAAUAACCGGGAAAAGAAAGUGUUGCCACCUUUCUUGUGGGAAAAAAUGUGGAAAAUUAGCUUUCCAGACACAAAACAUAACUGUAGUUUCCUGAAAACCACAAUCUGUCCUGGAAACAAAUUAAACGUAGCUAGGACUUAAUCAUCCAAAAUGUUCCAGCUUUGUUCAUGGAGAAAAUUAAGUUGAAACUGUGUGCACAUAAGAUUUCAGCACUCCUUACAGUUCACAGAAUAUUGAGAACAUUAAUUGAAGUUAAUGCUGUUAUUGGAUUAAGAAACAAGAUCUGUCAGACUUAAACUCCACUUUUCACCUUUUUUCUGAAGGACUCUGAGUCACAGAAACUGUCCUUAAAAUGUUCUGCAAGACAAUUUAUUGUAAAUGUGAAAAUCUUAGUUUUUGGUGAAUCGAUAUGCAGAUGACUCACCACUUUACCUUAAACUUCCGUGCUCUUGGCUCCUUCUCCCUGCUGUUCUGACCGACCCCAAACAAAAGAGCCUGAUGAACAAAAAUCCCCUCUUUAUAAUUUCACACACUGGAAAAUGUUUUGCUGCCGCAGCACGCUUUUCAAUGCUAGAUCCUAGGUGAACCCUGGGGGAACAUACAUAGUGGACCGCAGUGAUGGUGAGGUUUGUCUUCGUACAGUAGAUGUACAGUACAGUCGAUGUCCCAGUGAAGCCUCUGUUGGUUCUUACUGCUGUGUAAAUGUGGAGCUUUCUCUGGUUUGGCCACUAAGUGUCACUAGUGAGUCUCUGGAUCGUCAAACAAAAUGUUCCACAAGCUUUCCUCAUUACAUAUUCUCUUUUUCAUUUGCUCCAUUUAAAGGAUGAUGCAGUUUUUGUCUGUUUUACAAACUAAUACACAUGUACUUAUUUUCUGCUGUCUCUUUUCCAAAGCCUUUAUCAAGCUUUUAGGUUGAUUAUUUUACAUUUUUAUGAAAAACCUACAUGAAACCUGCUGCAGAAACUUUCCAUCAUAAAUUUUUCAUAAAGUUUUAUAACCAUGAAUCAAUAUUAUUAUUUAUUCAAAGAGGAAGAUUUGAGUUAAUGAUGGAUUUUUGUCAUUUUUGGAUGUAAAACAAACCAAUCUUUCUGAACUCUAACGUCUCCGAAACUCAUUUGCAGAAACUUUGCAUCGUCAAAACAAGAAUUAAAUAUUAUGUAAAUUGGUAUUAUUGUGAUUUAGCUAGACUACAGUUCCAGGGUGCAAUGAACUUAACUACUGGAUGAGAUGAUUACAUUAAUUAUGAUAUAAAAAACAACAACAUUGCAAUCUGACAACUUUGCUAACCCAGCCAAACUUUUAAGCAACAACACUCAACAUAGCAAGCCAGCUAAUAUUACUUACUAAUCCAACAGCAAGAAGACAAACUCAGCAUCUUUCUAGUAGCCUUUCAUUUCAUGAAGCUCUCUUAAAAUCAAGUCCCUUUAAUCUUUUUUUUUUUCUUGCUGCUGAAUCCCCUCUGCCCUGGACCUAAAAAACUCCUCCUAGCGGUCCAAAGCUCCUGAUCUAUUGGUGUAAACACCAACUCAUCCCAGUGCUCUGAGCAGUCCUGGCAGCACGGCUGACUGAGUUAACUGAAAGCAGCUACAGUAAGGUUAAAUGUUGCCGAUAUGCUUUACUUUCAUCAGGAAAAUGUAGGCAGAGCAGCUGGAGGACAUCAAAGGGAAAGUAGAAUAUGUUUUCUCCAUAAAAUAUGAAUUAGUUUCACCAAAAUCAGUGAUAUUGCUUGUGGUGUGUUAGAGCAACUUCUUACCCACCAAAGUUGCACAGUGCAAGAACAAGCAGGUAAUAUAGUCUCAGUGCUGCUUUAAGUCACAUGUAUUAUUUGUCUCAUAUUCAAGAGUCACAAGAAAUCAGUCAAACACUGAUUGAGGAUUUGGAAAACAAUCAGCAGGAAUGUGAUGUAUUUGUGAUUGUGAUCAAUUAAAACACUCAGAAGCUGUUUGGUCCUUUAGAUCCUAUAAUCGAUCGGUGUACGUGUCUGAGAUAUAACGUUGAAGUCAUUCUCAUAGAAACUAACUCAGCACUGGUUGUUUUAACAUGAAUAUACAGUAUAUAGCCUAUAUUUUGAUAACUUCACUAAGUGUACUUUUUGUUCUCCAGUUUUGUAGUGUGUGUGUGUGUGUGUGUGCGUGUGCGUGUGCGUGUGUUACUUUGUGCCCAUUUACAGUCCAUGUGUGUGAGUAACUCCUGUUUUAAAGCGUGUGAAGCUGACGGACGUUAAAGGGGAAACAGGGGAGAACGAGCAUCGGACGUCCUCAUCCACUCACUGCAUGCUCUCUCUCUCUUUCUCUCUCUCUCUCUCUUUCUCUCUCUCUCUCAGUAUUUCCUCUUUUGGGUUUUUCAAUAUGUGUAUCUUCUCAUUGGCAUGGAAAUGCUUCUAAUAAUAACAGUGACAACUCUAUGAAUAUACUAAUAAAGAAUUUGAUGUUGUUUUUAUA